AUGGCUUUGGAAUUACUGAAUCAAAACAUUUGCCUCUCUAUAUUGUGGUGCCUCAUCUUCACCAUCAUUUUGUUUAAGCUCAUAAGCACAAGAAGCAAUACGCUUAAUCUGCCUCCAUCUCCUCCUGAAUUACCCAUCAUUGGCAAUCUUUAUCAGGUCAUAGGAACACUCCCUCAAAUCUCUUUGAGAUCUAUCUCACAAAAGUAUGGUCUGCACUUUGGUCAAAUCCCCACUGUGGUGGUUUCUUCUGCAAAUCUUGUCAGAGAAAUGACCACGACCAACGACGUCAUUUUCUCUUCUCGUUUCUCAAUGACAGUUGGAAAAAUCUUUUACUAUGGAGGCAAGAACGCUAGUUUUUCACCCUCUGGUGAAGAUUGGAAAUACAAAAGGAAUAUCUCCGUUGUUGAAUUCUUGAACUCAAAAAAGGCGAGAUCCUUUCAACUCAUCAGAGAAGAGGAAGUUGCAAACUUGGUUGACAAGAUUCGUGAAGCCUGCAUGAAGAAUGUACCAGUGAAUCUGAUUAAGAUGCUUGUUGCAACCUCAGGCAACGUACUUUGUAGAUGUGUUUUUGGGCACACGUAUGACACCCUAGAUGGUAAAAGCAGCAGGAUUGAAGAGUUAACAUUGGACUUGAUGCAUCAUUUCGGAGAAUUCAGUUUUGGAGAUUUCUUUUCUUCACUGUGGUGGAUAGAUUAUGUAACAGGACUUAUUCCCAAAAUGAAGGCCAACUUUAAAGAAUUGGAAGCUAUCAUCGACAAAGAGAGUCUUUCACUUCACUCUUGCUUCCUUCAUCUAAUUGGUACUGCUUUCACUAAUUCCGUCUAUUGCUCCUUAACAGGAGGUGAUAAAGACUCUGUUUAG